AUGGGGGAGGACAGGAGAGUGCUAUCACAUCUGCUGUCAGCAGUCAACUUCCCUGCUCUCGGCAGUCCUGUUUUGAAACCCGGUGCUUUUUUAAAUCUACAAGUUAACUGUUUUAUUUUCCUUGCAGAAGAAGAACAAGAGGAAGAUGAGGAGGAAAUUGAUGUGGUCACGCUAGUAGAGGUGAAUGGAGUUGAAUCCGGCACAGAGUCUAGUACAGACUCUAGCGGAGAGUCCAGCACAGAUUCCGUAGACGGACACAGCAAGCCACACCACAGCCCGCUAGUUCUCAAGCGGUGUCAUGUCCCCAUCCAUCAGCACAAUUACGCUGCUCCUCCUUCCACCAAGGUUGAAUAUCCGUCAGCAAAGAGGUUAAAAUUGGACAAUGGCAGAAUUCUCAAACAGAUCAGUAACAACAGAAAGUGCUCAAGUCCCCGCACAUCAGACUCGGAAGAGAACGACAAGAGGCGAACGCACAACGUCCUGGAGCGCCAAAGGAGAAACGAGCUGAAGUUGAGCUUCUUUGCUUUGCGUGACGAGAUACCUGAGGUAGCCAACAAUGAAAAGGCACCCAAAGUCGUCAUCCUUAAAAAGGCAACGGAAUAUGUUAUUUCUAUUCAAACAGAUGAACACAGACUGAUUGCAGAGAAAGAGCAGUUGAGGAGGCGGCGAGAUCAAUUGAAACAUAAACUUGAGCAGCUAAGGAACUCUUGUGCGUAGAAACUCUUGGGUAUAGACUUGAGUAACCCAAACCAGACUGAAAUAUGAUAAAAUAUUAAUGUUUCUAAUCUUACUCGUGAACUAUACCAGUUCUGAAAGGAGCUCUUGCAAUUGCAUGCUGUGCAAAAUGACUUGCAACUACACAACCUUGGCUUCAUCUCUCGUGAGCUGAGCCAUAACCUCAACUGCCUCAUAACCAAUACUUUGGGCGUCAGACAAACUAUACAUUCUUCAUGAUGGGGGAGAAACUUAUCAACUUUUUCUUUUUAAAAUUUUUGUAUUUAAGACAUUUUUCUUCUUGAGAGAAUUCCAAAACGUUGUCCCUCAACUUGCUGUAUAUAUUUACACUUAUUAACAUGUAAAUACUUGUAAUAAAAAUCUUUAUAGAAAAGUGCGACAUUUAAUACUCAGCAGUUGUGGCAACUGGAUUUAUACUUGUUUUGAUCUUCUGUGCCAUAACAUUUCACAAUCUUGUGGGGUUUUUUUAAUUUAAAUACUUUUUUUCUUUUAAAAAAUGAUUUUUAUUUCGUUUUUAGAUUAAAAAAAUAAAUAAAUAUUUGCCCAAAAUAUAAUUAGCUAAUCUAUGUGUAAAGACUUUGCUUUAUCUCACAUAUUGUCACUUCUACAGUGUCCCCAAACUGUCUGUCAUAAUUGUACAAAAAAGUAUAGUAGAUUAGGGGAAAAAAACCCAGUUUCAGAACAUGCGUGGGAAUUUGGCCCUUAUUUAUAUAGAAGUACACACCUGCCCACACACACAAAGGAAAGAGCAAGAUCUCUCAUUGUUUCAAAGGGAAUUUAAUCUGCCAUUCUAGGUAUCACCCCUUGAGCAUCUUGACAAAGAUACCAGUUAAAAUAGAUGGUGGACUGGACUGUGGUUAGCUAUCCCCUGGGGCUAUUAAACU